CCUCCCUCCCUUCCCCGCUCCCCCCUGGAUCUGCCCCCGCCCCUCCCCCUCCCCCUCCCCGGGGCCCAGCGCCGGCGCCCUGCGCAUCCCGACUCACUGCGCGAUGCCGGCAGUUUAGAAUCCAAAGCGUCUCUUGUUUUGUGCUUUCCUUGUCUUUAAAAAAAAAAAAAAAAGAGCGGGGAAAUCCCUGCGGGGGCAGCCCGGCAUACACACCCCCGCCGUCACACCCCAGCCCAAAGCAGAUGCACUUUGACUUCUGACAGCUCUACCUCAAGCUAGAGAGAACUCCGCGGCGCUGUCCCUGCAAUCUGAGCUCGCCGCCCGUAGUCUUGCUUCUCAGCUUAUUUAUUUCCGUUCCCGACGCGGUUCUCAGUGACCUUCACUCCUCUGCUGGCUCUGGGAAGAAGGGUCGCUUUCUCGCCCGCCAGAGACUCCUUUUCAUCGCUCCGGCAGCUGCGACGGAGUUGCUCAGCCCUGGGGCCCUGGGACUUUUGGGCUGCGCGCUCCACGGAGGCGCUCCCCGCCCCCAUCACCCUCUUUUGAUUUCCUGGUGCGGGUUUUGGCUAGCCCACGGCCGAGUGGGUCUCUUUUUUAUUGGAGGGUUGGGGAAGUUCGUGCAGGUCGUCUUCGGGAGUCAGUCCCUCGAUUCUACCUGCCCCUCUCCCUCCGGGUCCCACCCGACCAAACCAAAGACCAUGGUGCACUGUGCCGGCUGCAAAAGGCCCAUCCUGGACCGCUUCCUCUUGAACGUGCUGGACAGAGCCUGGCACGUCAAGUGCGUGCAGUGCUGUGAAUGUAAAUGUAACCUGACCGAGAAGUGCUUCUCCCGGGAAGGCAAGCUCUACUGCAAGAAUGACUUUUUCCGGUGUUUCGGUACCAAAUGCGCUGGCUGUGCGCAGGGCAUCUCCCCCAGCGACCUGGUGCGGAGGGCGCGGAGCAAAGUGUUUCACCUGAACUGCUUUACCUGCAUGAUGUGUAACAAGCAACUUUCCACCGGCGAGGAGCUGUACAUCAUCGACGAGAACAAAUUCGUCUGCAAAGAGGAUUACCUAAGCAACAGCAGUGUCGCCAAAGAGAACAGCCUCCACUCUGCCACCACGGGCAGCGACCCCAGUUUGUCUCCAGACUCCCAAGACCCGUCGCAGGACGACGCCAAGGACUCGGAGAGCGCCAACGUGUCGGACAAGGAAGGGGGCAGCAAUGAGAAUGACGACCAGAAUCUGGGCGCUAAGCGUCGGGGGCCGCGCACCACGAUUAAAGCCAAGCAGCUGGAGACGCUGAAGGCCGCCUUUGCUGCCACGCCCAAACCCACGCGCCACAUCCGUGAGCAGCUGGCCCAGGAGACCGGCCUCAACAUGCGUGUCAUCCAGGUCUGGUUCCAGAACAGGCGCUCCAAGGAACGGAGAAUGAAGCAGCUGAGCGCGCUGGGCGCCCGGCGCCAUGCCUUCUUCCGUAGUCCGCGCCGGAUGCGGCCGCUGGUGGACCGGCUGGAGCCCGGCGAGCUCAUCCCCAAUGGGCCCUUCUCCUUCUAUGGAGAUUACCAGAGCGAGUACUACGGACCUGGGGGCAACUACGACUUCUUUCCGCAAGGUCCCCCAUCCUCGCAGGCCCAGACGCCAGUGGACCUGCCCUUCGUACCAUCAUCCGGGCCGUCUGGGACGCCGCUGGGCGGCCUAGAGCACCCACUGCCCGGUCACCAUCCGUCAAGCGAGGCGCAAAGGUUCACCGACAUCCUGGCGCAUCCUCCUGGGGAUUCACCCAGCCCGGAGCCCAGCCUGCCCGGGCCCCUGCACUCUAUGUCGGCCGAGGUCUUCGGUCCCAGCCCGCCCUUCUCGUCGCUGUCGGUCAACGGAGGGGCGAGCUAUGGGAACCACCUGUCCCACCCCCCCGAAAUGAACGAAGCGGCCGUGUGGUAGCGGGUCUUGCAUGGUCCGUGGAGUUCAUGAUUGUACAGAUAUGAACCUUUAUUUAAGAAAAAUAGAAAAAAGGAAAAAAAAGAAAAACAUAAAAAGCAAGUCCUCCCCGCUCCUUCCUCCAGCUUCGGGGACCAUUCUCCGUCUGGGGAGACGGGAUGGGAAAGCGGGACACGAAACGGGAUCCAAAUCCACCUCGAGGCAGGACUGGGAUCUAUUCGCUGGCGGGAAAGGUGCAGAACUGGGGCUCCCGAAGGGAAAGGCAGACCCCUCUCCACCUCCCACCUGGACCCGGGAGCGUGGAAAAGACCCCGCAGGCGGGCGCGCCUGGUCAGCAGGCGGCGGAGAGACACUCACGGCCACUGCGGGCGCGCACAGCCGGUGGUGAUGCCAGGAGUCAAGGGGCGGGAGGCCUCCAGGCGCAAACCUGUGAGUGUGGUGAAGAGGUUUGGGCCAGGUCUGGAGGGUUCUGGCUCUAGGAAACCCCUUCUUAGUGUUGUCUCAACAACAGCGACAACUCCUAGCUUCAGAAACGCCGCCCUGCUGUGCAUCAGGUGGGACUAUAUAUAUAUACAUAUAUAUAUAUUUUGUCUAUCUGGGUUUUUUGUUUUUGUUUUUUGUUCUUUGCCAAAAUUGCAAAAUUCUAAAUGUUAAGCCCUCAGUAUCAACUCUUCUACCUUCACAAAACUCUACACACACUUACACGGACACACUAGUUCGAAUGAUUUCCAGCCAAACCUCUCACUAAAAUGACUUGAAUAUUAGCCGUACAAGAAAAUAAUUCUACCUUCACACAUGAGAAGUUAAAAAAAAAAAAAAAAGACUAUCGAACUAAAAAACAGUCAACUGUUUACGUAUAAUGUUAAAUUCAGGAGUUCAGUGUUUUACUAAUAUAUCCUGUUUUGAAAACCUCUUGUUCAAGAACAAAAUGUUUUGAGCAAUCAACCAAAAUUGUUUCUUUUCUUUUCCUGUAGAUGUUCUGACAGAUUUGCAGGGCUUGCGGCUCACUGUGCUAGUAUGUAAAAAGGUGUUGUUUACACGAGGCAAAGAGAAAACAGAUAUUCAGACAGUUGCCAAAUAGAAUAAUUAUAGCACAAAUACUGUAAAGGUGCCUGGCACCAGCAACCUGAGAAAGUGUUUUAAAAAAAAGUGUUACAAGGUUUAAAAAAAAAAAAUCUUUGCUAAUUUUUAGUCCUGUUGAACAUUCACGGAAUUGUUAAUAUGACUUAUAUAGACCCACACAGGUUUUAUUUUUGUGUCUUUAAAAUAAAAGUCCAAAAUAUUUAAAUUUUAUGGUCAAAUAUGCAGUCAACAGCUGCUACUUUUUUCUUUAUAUAUUAAAUUUCUCAUAUUGUCUUUUAUUGUUCUAAUAAACCUAAGCUUGUGUGACCUCCAGUGCAUAUUAGACCAUUCACUGUAUGAAAGAAAACAUGUUGAAUAAAUUUGUGAGUUUUUAAUAAAAAUAGAAAACCCGAUGUUUAG